CCGCCGGGGAUGACAAAGCAGCGGCAGGAGGCGCGGGACCCGCCCCCCGCGCUCGGCGGGUGCGUCGGCCGCCCCGGCGCGGCUGUUAUGGAAACCGGCUGGGCGCGCAGGCGGCGAUGAUGGGGCGGCCAUGGCCCGGGCCGGCAGCUCCAGCGCGGACGCGGCGGCCACGGAGCGGGCGGCGGGCGGCGGGCGGCCAGAGCCGUGGGAGCUGUCCCUGGAGGAGGUGCUGAAGGCGUACGAGCAGCCCAUCAACGAGGAGCAGGCGUGGGCCGUGUGCUUCCAGGGCUGCCGCGGGCUGCGGGGCGCGCCGGGCGGCCGGCGGCGCAUCCGGGACACGGCGGACAUCCUCCUGCGCAGGGACGGCUCGGUCGGCGCGAGGCCGGAGCCCGGCGACGCGGAGCCCACAAUGAUGGUGGUGUCACCGGCCAGUUCGGAAGCCCAGAUGGUGCAGUCACUGGGCUUCGCCAUCUACCGCGCACUGGACUGGGGUCUGGACGAGAGCGAGGAGCGGGAGCUCAGUCCGCAGCUGGAGCGGCUCAUCGACCUGAUGGCCAACAGCGACUGCGAGGACGGAGGCUGCAGCGCGGCGGACGAGGGCUACGGGGGCCCGGAGGAGGAGGAGGAGGCGGAGGGCGGCCCCCGCGCCGUGCGCACCUUCGCGCAAGCCAUGCGGCUGUGCGCCGCGCGCCUGACCGACCCCAGGGGCGCGCAGGCCCACUACCAGGCCGUGUGCCGCGCGCUCUUCGUGGAGACGCUGGAGCUGCGGGCCUUCCUGGCCAGGGUCCGCGAGGCCAAGGAGAUGCUGCAGAAGCUUCGCGAGGACGAGCCACAGGCGGAGCAGCCCCUGGCGGAGCUUGACAACCUGAGGCACACGGACUGGGCCCGACUCUGGGUCCAGCUCAUGCGGGAGCUUCGCCACGGAGUGAAGCUCAAGAAGGUGCAGGAGCAGGAGUUCAACCCGCUGCCCACCGAGUUCCAGCUCACCCCCUUCGAGAUGCUGAUGCAGGACAUCCGCGCCAGGAACUACAAGCUGCGCAAGGUCAUGGUCGAUGGGGACAUCCCUCCCAGGGUGAAGAAGGACGCCCACGAGCUCAUCCUCGACUUCAUCCGCUCCCGGCCGCCGCUGAAGCAGGUCUCAGAGAGAAGGCUCCGCCCCCUGCCCCAGAAGCAGAGGACCCUGCACGAGAAGAUCCUGGAGGAGAUCAAGCAGGAGCGGAGGCUGCGCCCCGUGGGGGCCCAGCGCUGGGGUGGCCGGGGGUUUGGCUCUCUGCCCUGUAUCCUCAACGCCUGCUCCGGGGAUGUCAAGUCCACUUCCUGCAUCAACCUGUCCGUCACGGAUGCCGGGAGCUGUGCCCAACGCCCACGGCCCCGGGUCCUGCUCAAGGCGCCCACCUUGGCGGAGAUGGAGGAGAUGAACACGUCUGAGGAGGAAGAGUCUCCGUGUGGGGAGGUGACCCUGAAGCGGGACCGCUCUUUCUCAGAGCACGACCUUGUCCAGCUGCGGAGUGAAGUGGCCUCUGGCCUGCAGCCAGCCACCCAGCCCCCAGGAGGCUUGGAGCCGUCCCGGGCCCGCGCGGGCAGCAUGCACACCUGGCGGCCGAGCACCCAGGAGCAGGGUUCCUUCCCUGUGAGCGUCCAGUCCCAGGCUGACCCCAGCUCCCCCCGACCCAGUGACCUGCGCUCAGCGAAGGACAGGCCAGAGGCCUCUGCGGCCGCCGACCCCAGUCACCUGUGGCUGGAGUUCAGCCACCCCGUGGAGAGCCUGGCUCUGACUGUGGAGGAGGUGAUGGACGUGCGCCGUGUGCUGGUGAAGGCGGAGAUGGAGAAGUUCCUGCAGAACAAGGAGCUCUUCAGCAGCCUGAAGAAGGGCAAGAUCUGCUGCUGUUGCCGAACCAAGUUCCCGCUGUUCUCCUGGCCGUCCACCUGUCUCUUUUGCAAGAGAGCCGUCUGCACUUCCUGCAGCAUAAAGAUGAAGAUGCCCUCCAAGAAGUUUGCACACAUCCCUGUCUACACGCUGGGCUUUGAGAAUCCUCAGAGGGUGACAGCUGCCAGAGCCACAGCCACACAGCGGAGAGACGCCUUCCAAUCCCUGCAGAGGCCCCAGUGGCAGAGUGUGGAGGAGGAGUUCCCUCACAUGUACACCCACGGCUGUGUCCUGAAGGACGUCUGCAGCGACUGCACCAGCUUCGUGGCUGACGUGGUGUGCUCCAGCCGCAAGAGCGUGGAUGCCCUCAACACCACCCCUCGCCGUGCCCGCCAGACCCAGUCCCUCUACAUCCCCAACACCUGGACUCUGGACUUCAAGUGACAGCCCUUGCUACCCCAGGCUACCUGGCCCGAGGCUUUGCAAGGUGGCCAGGCCUCUGGGGAGGAGCCAGGCCAGUUCUGGAUGAGGCUGAGCGCUCCCCAUCCUGGGGCACAGCUGCUAGCUGCCUCCGGAGUGUGCAUGUACAUAUAUAUAUAUAUAUAUAUACAUAUACAUUUAUAUAACAUAUACACAGCCUAUAUAUUUAUAUAUGUUUCCUGGCCCCAAGCCCAUUUGGGGUCAGGCUUACUUCCAGGAUCCUCCCCAGGGAGGCUGUUUCCUCUCAAGACUCCAUGGGUGGAGUGGGGAUGGCAUAGGAUAGAAAGGGGGUCAGGCUGGAGACAAGGGAUGGUGGGGCUCUGGGGAGGACCCUGCCCCUGUGUGUGUGCUCCAUCCCUCCUUGGGCAGAUGUCCAGGCAUGGAAGGGCAUCUUGGUCCACAGGUGAACUGGAGCGUCCCACUUGCAUCUGUGCUCCCCUCUCAGGAUAUGGGCUGUGGGGGCACCUGGGGAGCUUGAGUGGGCCGAGAUUCUCCCAGGCAGGUGUCCCAGGGCCACCCCCUUGGAAGCCUGGAGCAAAACUCACUCCCUUCCUGACACCAUGCCCUGCAAUGCUUUCGGUCUGGUUACCGGGAGGAGCCCUGUAAGUGUGUCUUCACAGCCACUCUGGCCCAAUAAAGGUGGUCUCACAA